AUAUUUAUGCAUUAACAUAUUUCUACUUAGUUCGAAGAAAUCUUAAAGAAGGUAUAAAAGUUGAUCUACUUUUUGUUAUAAAAUCAGAAAUCGUUUAAAGCUCUUUAGUUAAAGUCUAUUUUUUCUCUUUAGUACAACAACAAAACAAAAACAUGAAGUUCGCCAUUGUUGCCGUAGUCUUGUUUGCUCUCACUAUCAUGCAAGUUCAAUCUUCUAUUAUCCUUGGUCUUGGUCCUGUUGCUGGACCAACCCUACAACAAGGUCCAAUUGUGAUUGGCUGGGGAGCCAGUGUACCAGUAGCGGUUCCAUCUCCAAUUGCUGUCGAUGUUUCAUCUGUUGUUGGAGCACCAGGAGCCACUUAUGUGGCUAAGACUCUUGGCGCUGUUCAUGCUGCACCACUGCCCGGACAUACCCAAUCAGCUGUCGCAGUUAAUGUUGACCCAGCACCAGGAACUUUGUAAAUACAUUAUUGCAAUGUAAAUUGAUAACAAAACUGAUAAGAACACUGAUCUGAUAUUGAAUUGC